CGUAUGUAACAUUACACUAGCCUGUCACUUUGAUAAGAUAACGGCAGAUAUCAGGGACGUUUAAUUUCAUAACCCGCGCCGGAGGUCAUUCCGAAACACCGAACACUGGCGAACAGUAAAAGACAUUGAAUAUUACCAUAUUCCAUUGUCACGGGGACAAAGGAACGUAAAAAUGAAAUUCAUUAUUUUAGGAUUAUUUUUGUUUGUCGGUACAUGUGUCACCUUUCCAUCCUUUCGUGAUAGGAUUCCAAAUGGAAACGGUGUUCCUAAUCCGUGUAAGGGGUCAUCCGGUAUGUGGGAAGGUGUUGGUCACAACAUACAAAUAGGCGGAGGGCCGAGGAAUGCGUUCGGUAAGGAUUUCGCAGCGGCGGGCUCUAAAUGGACCGUCGAGUUAUGUAGUAAGGAUUCCGACUCCGACGGAAGGACAAACGGCGAGGAGUUAGGCGACCCGAACUGCACAUGGACCAAGGGCGGGGCACCAUCGGCCAAGGCUACUGGACAUCCGGGUGUGUGUGAACCAAUGGACCAGGACUCGUGUAAAUCCGUGAAUACCAGGAUAGUAUGUCUGUAACAGAACAAUGGAUGUUCAUUCGUACAUAGAAAAAUGGAUCUUAAUUUACUAAUGCAAUGUGACGUUUAAUAUACAAUUUCAUUUUCCCUAUCUCGAAGUAUUGAUUCUGUUUGUUUUCAAAAGGACAGUUAUUUUGUUAGUGCAAACAUGGUAGUCGUACCACCACUCUUUUGUCUGUUAUUAUCAAUUAAGAGAUCGUUUCUCCUAUCUAUCUGUGUCACCACAGCGAACGUCUAGUAACCGUUUUAUGAUUUGUAUUUACUUUUAGGGGAGCGCCGUCUAUCUAUUAUAUUUCCUACUACCAUUUUUUUAACAGUAUAGUAACAUUCCAUGUCCAGCAUUAAGCUUAUUUGUAGUUAUCCCGUAUUUCCCCUUGUGUAAUUUGCUUUAAUGAAAGCGACAUAAUUCCCAUAUCAACUCGACUUCCUGCACUGGAAGAGUUUAUUGACAAUACCAGGAAUAGUAUGGAUGGUUAAGAUGCAAAAAUUAUUUGUAAAUGGAACUUCGAAAAUUAAGAUCUAAUUUGAAGUAUGAAGAUGUAGACGAAUACAGCAGCAAGAUAUGCCCACUCCGUUAUAGUGGUAUAGAUGAAGUCUAUUUUCAUAUGUGUGUUAAAAUGAUAUUGUAACAAAAUUAAGGCUGAAAUACACCCCGGCAUAAUACCACGAAAAUCAGAGUCAACACAAAAUGAACGAAUGUUUACAAUUUUUCAUAGAAAAUAUUAAGAAAUGAACGAAUGUUUACAAUUUUUCAUAAAAAAUAUUAACAAAUUCAAGUCUAUGCUAUAGUGCUGUGAAAUUAUUACAACUACUGAAUGUUCGACGUUAUCGUUAGAUACAAUUACAUGUACUAUAUAUAUGUAUACAAAUGUAAUUAUUUGUGUAAAUAAGGUCUAAGUAUCGAUAUGAAUUACGUUGAUCCCCACAUUAAAAGACGAGUUAUUUCCCUUGAAA